UUAUCAGGGACUCACGCGAAUUUUCAUCAAGCCUUUCUGUAUUGAGAAAAUUAAUUUGGUAGUCAUGGCGAACAAUUACGCCGGCUUUAGUUACGGAGGUACACAGUACACAUCCACUGGUGCACCAGGUACGUACAGUUCCAACUCUGUGUCUUAUCCGGCUGUAACUAAUGCGACAUUCGCUAAUGCCGCUGCUUAUCAAUCUGCUGUAGCUGCUGGAAGCGGAAGUUAUGCAGCUGGAGGUGGUGCCGCUGCAGCCGGCUAUGCGGGAUAUGGCAACGACUAUGCUUCUCUGCAAGCCUAUGAUUCGUCAAAAACAUUUUACCAGCAAGCAGCCUCCAGCUACAACACCGCUCCAUCAUCUACAGUUGGUAAGACUCAUUAUUCGGCACCACCAGUAAAAAAUGUCACCCCAAUUGGUACGAAACCUUCGGCUGGAAAAGAUAAGGGCGGACCCGGUGGACAGGCCAAGAUGGGAGGUCCGACCGUUACAACAGCAUCGGGUUCCUAUAGCAACUAUGAUGCUGCCCUCUACAGUGCUGCUUCUAUGUAUGUGGCUCAACAGCAUCAGCCGUCCCAGCAUGGAGCGGGCGGUGGAAAUCCUGGCAAGGCUAAUGGUGUGAUGGGCGCGGGUGGUAACUGGCCUCCAUAUCGCAAAGGUGGUCCUGGUGGCCCUGGUAAUAAAGUUUCUCGACAGAAACAGCCUCCACGUCCCCAGCAAUUGCACUACUGUGAGGUUUGCAAAAUAUCGUGCGCGGGACCACAGACCUAUCGUGAGCAUUUGGAGGGUCAGAAACACAAGAAACGUGAAGCGUCCUUGAAAAUGCAGGCCAGUGCUCAGACUACGACUCAGAACAGAGGUAACAACUACCACUGUGAGCUAUGCGAUGUUACGUGCACCGGCACCGAUGCAUAUGCUGCCCAUGUCCGGGGAGCCAAACAUCAGAAAGUUGUCAAAUUACACCAGAAGCUAGGCAAGCCCAUACCGGCCGAUGAGCCUAAGAAAAUGGGAAAAAUUAAUUUUGUCCCCGCUAGUGGUAGCAAUAGUACCACCGAAGGCGCCACAAACACCAAAGAAAGCGAAUCUGCCGAAAAUCAGAACGACUCUAAAACUGAAGAAAACCAAGAUGAUUCCACAGAAAACUUGGACAAUAUUAAACCAGUCGGUGGAGAAUAUAUUGAAGAGGUUAAAGACGAAGAAGGAAAAAUAUUGAGUUUUAACUGCAAACUUUGUGAUUGCAAAUUUAAUGAUCCCAAUGCAAAGGAAAUGCAUACUAAAGGUCGUCGCCAUCGUCUCCAGUAUAAACGAAAGGUCCAACCGGAUUUAGUUGUUGAUUUUAAGCCGACUCCGAGGCAGCGUCGUUUAGCCGAAGCCAGAGCACAACGUGCAUUAAUGAGUUCUCAUCGUGGUCAAAAUGCCAAUUUUGGAGAUAAACCGGGUUAUUGGGGCGACGAACAGCGCAGGCGUGCACAAUUUGACGACGAAUAUGACUAUAAUAAUUGGUUGGCUCGUAGUUUUGGAGGUAAUCAGCGUGGAUUUGGCGGUCGUAUGGGUAAUGGACCACCACCAUUCUUCGGAAUGAUUCCUGGAGGUGCAGGAAUUCGUCGACCAGAGAGCAAUGACGACCGUCAUGCUAUUGCCCGUCAUGCUCAAAUUUAUCCAAAAGAGGAAGAGUUGCAAUUAAUCCAGCGCAUUGUUUCACACACCGAGCGUGCAUUGAAAUUUGUUUCAGAUACAUUGGCUGAAAAUCCUAACGACAGUGGUCCGUCCACCGCCAAAAAGGAAAAGGCCGAUGGCAAUACUGUUAAGGAUGGACGUGAUAACCAAAUGCUCUCUUUCCAGAAGGAAGCUGACACUGGCAAUUUGCGAAUCCUUAAGGGAGUUAUGCGCGUCGGCUUCCUCGCCAAAGGAUUACUAUUGCAAGGGGACAAUGCUGUCGAACUUGUUGUUUUAUGCUCAGAAAAACCAACUGUUGGUUUACUUAAACGCGUUGCAGCCGAGUUGCCGCAAAAACUGACGGAGGUGGCAGGUGAAAAUCCAGUCGAAUAUAAAGUUGAAGUUGUUAUUGAAGAAUCCGCUGUGGUAGUGCAAGAUGAAGCUGUUUCUGUAAAAAUAUCAUUGACAUCACCAUUGUUGCGUGAAUCAACUGAUAACGCCAAAACUGCAGCAGACAGUGAAGGCGAAGGUACUGGGGACGCAGCUCUGUUACCUCGUGAACCAUGCCUAAGAGCUUUGGCGGAAUUACGCCAUGCUAAAUGGUUCCAAGCUCGUGCUACUGGCUUGCAAUCAUGCGUAAUGGUUAUUCGUAUAUUACGUGAUCUCUGCCAACGUGUGCAAUCCUGGCAGGCAUUGCCACAAUGGUCAAUGGAGUUGUUUGUUGAGAAAGUCAUCUCAUCAGCCGGUUUUCCUAUUUCUCCUGGUGAUUGUUUGCGCCGUAUUAUGGAAGCUUUGGCAUCCGGUUUCCUUAUAAAUGGUCCUGGUCUGUUAGAUCCGUGCGAGAAGGAACCGCAAGACGCCCUCCAAGAUCUAUCUAAGCAGCAGCGUGAAGAUCUUACUGUGUCAGCACAGCUGUUCUUACGUUAUAUGGCUUUUAGACAAAUUUACAAAGUCCUCGGAAUGGACCAACUUCCCGCUCCAAAAUUUCCAUCUCGUCCAUGGCGUUUGAAUCGAAAGCGCCGCCGCUCCCAGGGCAAAGACAACACGGACGGAGACUGCAACAAUGCUGAAGCAGAAGAAUGCGCCUCCGAUGAAAAAAUUCCCAAGAAAGAUGCUAACGACACAUCUGCUUAAUCUAAAUCUAAUCUCUCUGUGUAACACACACGAAAAGGAAAUACAGCAAUUAAUGUUUACUAUCUUAUUAUCGUAUUACUAUGCGUUAUUGAUACCAUAGACUUUUAAUCAAAACAUUAACAGACAACUUUAUUCGACGUAUUUAUAGUGGUAGAAUAAAUUCCUGUAAUACGCUGUACACCUUUCCCCAAC